CUUUAAGGCGAGACCAACAUUUUAUCGACAAAUGAUGCAUGUUUAUCUCUUAAAGGGACGCUGAAGCUACAGGACGAAUCCAAGGUCACCUGGGCCUCUUAUAGCAUGAGAAGCAGAUUCCCUCUGCAAAACAAUUAACGUAGAGUCCCUUUGUACCAUUUCAGUGUCGUCUACCCGUUAUACUUUACCUCAGCUUUCAGCUUUCACUGCAGCUCAAGAUAUGAGGACAUCACCCAGUCUGUGUUAGUUUUUUAUCUCAAAGAUGGCCCUCUGACAAUCCAUUGUCAGCUGUACGACCCUUUCCUUGACACAGCCGAGAGUCGCAAACAGAUGACCUACAAGUACCACAUUCUGGCCCAUCGCCCCAGCAUAACCUUCAGCAAUAGCACAUGGAGGAAAACAUUUCAGUUUGAUACUGAGGUGGAUUGGGAAGAGAUGACAUGGGUGACAACAAUUCCAAAAGAAGAUAUCUCUGAUGAUGUUGUGGCCAGCAGAGAGCAGUGGUCAGUGAUCAUAGAACUGGACUCUAACCUGGACCUCUUCACCGUCCAUGGGACGCUCUUAGAUACAUUGACAGAUCCAAUAUUUCACUGGGAUGUGGGACCCAGGGCCUCCCAAUUGGCUGGAGACUUGGUGACUGGACAAAUGACCCUUGUCCACACCCCAUGUGAAAGUGACCAUGUGUUAAUCAUGUUACAAACACAAUAUGGUACUCUUCUGGGACCCAGCACUGCCCCCUAUAAAACUGUGGAGAGUAUCACAUGGUACAAUAUGACGGAGGCGCUGUGUAGCGAUGGAAGUGCCUGCAGUGGCCUUACUGUAUAUGACAUGGUACUGACCAAUGACCACCUGAUCAUCCUGACCAACAGAGGUCUCUAUGUGAGUAACCAGAUGACCAGUGUCAACAACAGCCACACACAGCUGACCUAUACCAGAGUGGACAAUGGGACAGAGCUGGAGAGUCACUGUAUUGCUGAUGAAUCUUCACAUCUUUACUACAGCGAAGUGUGUUCAAGACAACUGGAUGAAAAAGUGAAAGUCUUUGGUGUUGAUAAGUAAAGCACCGUUCACAGACUGGACAAAACCACUGUCAGGCAUUCAGAGUGGUCAAGUGGGAAGCCUGGUGGACGUUACCUAUCAGAGUCACAU